UCAAUUUACCAACCUCGAAUAUGCGUCUGUAUAAAAACAGGAUGUGUGGUAUCGUAGCAGUGUUGUUCUGCAGUAGAAAAAGAGAAGAAGAGGAAUGACCAGUUUGAGUUGAAAUAUUUGAUGAUUUUUAAAUUGUGACUCUGAAGAGAAUAAUUAGGAACAAUGUUUUUCAUCCUUCUGGUUGUUUCUUUGAUGAGUUUUCUGCAUGACUUCCAUGUCUCCAGUUGUGAUGAAAACUGUGCAGAUAAACCUGUGUUCACACCGUCCAGACUGGUAGUGAAACAUGGUGACCCAACCUCUGCCACCUGCUCUGUAAAAGAUGUUUAUGAGAUUUUUAAUUUGGAAAGAUCUCUGGGAGACCUUAAAACAAAUGGAACAGAAAUUUUAUGGAAGGUUGAAAAAAUGACUGAAUGGGACCCAUUUGUCAUGUGCUAUUAUGAACUUGCUGAUCACCAGUGUUGCAGCAAGCUGCCUUUAACUGUGUAUAAGCCUCCAGACAAUGUGUCCAUCAGCUUUAGGAAUCACUCUGGACCGUUGUUAGAGGGUCAUCAGUACACUCUGCAGUGUGAAGUACACAACGUUGCUCCUGUUGAAAACCUCAUUGUGACCUUCUACAGAGGACAGACAGCAGUGGGUCAACUACAGUCCAACAACACAGGGAAGAAACCAGUGACUGAGAUCUUCACUCUGAACAUCAACACCAGAAAAGAAGAUGAUGGAGUCCAGUACAGGUGUGAAGCCAAACUGCAACUGGGACCUGAAGGACCACAGCCCCCUAUAGUGCUGUCAUCACAUCAACGUAUCCGUGCCACUGUCCUCUGUGAGUCUGACAGCAAACAAACACACACCUCAGUUUUCAGCCAAGAAGUAAAACUUUUCAUAUGUAUGACUCCCAGUACCAGUUCCACACCGACUCCCAGCUUCAGUAUGUGCUUCAUGUUUUUAUUAUUCUCUCUGGUUUGAGUUCAUUCACACAGUUAUUAAAAGGCAGUUUGUUUUCAGAGCUGUAACAUUAUAAAUAGCCACCAUCUUCUGUAUAGCUUAAUCUGCUCUUCAAAUGAAAAGACUUCCUGUUCCUGUGUAUGAGUAGUUUUCACAAUGCAGCACUAAUUUUCAACCACUAGAGUGCUAUAGUGUGUCGUUUAUAACAUGAGCAAUGGUUUAAAUAACAGUAAUGGCUUUUAUACAUGGAUAUUCACAGAAAUUAUAUAUUUUCCAUGAUUCCUGUUCAAGUAGACCAACAGUUACUUGAAAUAAAAAUACAAAGUCUCAGUGAAGUCACUCCAGAUCACAGUAUUAGUAUAUCUAAUCUACACAUACAGUACAUUAUUUUUCAAGCUUGUUUCCUCAUUACCACAAACUAUCACAGACUCUCACAACAAAUGUCCCAUUUGAAGACUGUACAACAUUGCAUUUGAAAAUAAUGUUUUUCCAUUUUGUAUUUUUGUUUUUGUCUUUGAUGAGAUUUCUGUGAAGGUUCUAUGCAUGCUUCAUAUCUUUCUCAGUCUCCUGCUAACUUUGCUGCACCUUUUAGGCUGGGAGAAACUACACCUUUAUCAUUCUUACUGGUACAAUAUCCAGUGACCUUAUGUAAUAACCAACAUAUAGCUCACCCACCUUCUACCUGUACAGAGGUCUAACCAGCCAGGAUAGUGGUCCAUGCCAAUACUAACACAUGAAAGCACAUUCACAAGCCUACAGGAAGCAGACAAGAAAACCACACACUUCACUUUGAAGCCAAGUGUUUCUCACAGUUCACCACAGCCUGUUUGUUGGUACUGCACCUUUAAGAUGGUUUUAGGACCAAUAAUAAUAAACAGAUGUGAGGAAGUUCGAGCUGAUAACUUGUUGGAUUCAGUUUGAAUCAUACUGUUCAUGUCAAAACAUGCAUUUGAAGCAGAAGCUCCACAGAUUAUUAUCAUUUAAUACUCACAAAUUGUUUGCCUCAAUGGGUUUUAUCCUUAAAAAUAUUUUCAGACAGAAACCAUCAAAGUAAUAACAUCUUUUCAUGUACAGUAGACCUUUAUGUUUCUAGAUAACUUGGUUGCUUUGUUAAUUGCAUUACUCCUCUCAGAUCAUCUGAUUGUAACUGUAAUACUUCAUGGUUGAUCCUAUUUACUUAUUUGUGAUCUUAACAGGCAUUGAACACUGAGAAUUUCAUGGCAGACAUUUUCACCUGCCACAACAGGCAGAACACGUGUAACUAACAUUGAUGAUGGCUCACUUCAUUAUUAUUCAUUAUUUUUCUUACAAUUAACACAAAGUGUUAAAUUGAAGUAUUAGUUGUAGAAUCAUAUUUGUCAUUUAUGGAUUCUUUCUAUAACUUGAAUGGAGAUGUUUUCUCCUUUGACUUUUGACCUACAUUUUUCUGGUUUCUGCUUCUUGAUUUCUUGACUAUGUGGACAUGGUUUUGUAUCAGGUCUUCCUUAAAUUGGCCUUAAGAUGAUUUGUAACUCCUGUCCUAGUAUAGGCUGUUAUUGAAAUGCAUUUAAACUAAAUAAAUUGCUUUAUUUUAAA